GGGGAGUCAGUGGGGUUCGUUCCGCUCAAGUACGUUUACUCAAAAUUUUUAUAAAAUUAUAUUAAUUUAUUUAUUAUAAUAUUACAUUAUGGCAAGUGUUAGAACAAACUAAUCAAAUCUAAGUUUAGUGAAAAGUAAUUUUACUCACGUUUUAUUCUGUUACAUAGUAGAAGAAUCGCAAGCCAGGUUAAGCAGCCUUAGACAGGUUGGAUAGCGAAAUUAGGACGUGUUCUCCCGCGAACAGUAAAUUUGUAAAACGUUUUAUAAAUAAAAUAUAAAUAUGUACUUCAAAGAAAUAUAGUUUUAAUAAAUGGAUCCGGGUUUGGCAUCAUUUAGUGGUCGCCCCUACAUGUUAUGUGUCGGUAACGAUACCAGCAGAGUUCGUUGUAUAUAAAGUUUUAUCUCCGGCUACAGUCCGGAUGUCACAACUCACAAUAUCUCACAACAGCUGAUCGUACAAUUCAUGAAGAAUGUGUUAGUCACAUUAAUCAAAAUGAAAUUCAUUCUUGCAUACGCUAUUAAUCGGCCACUGGUGAUAAAACCGCUACAAACUAAGUUUAUCGUAAAAUAUUUUUACCUACGGCGGAACUAUGACACACGUACAAACCACCAACCACGCAUACCACCAAUUAAGACAUUUUCUCUAUUCCGAUACUAAUAGGAACGACAAAUAAAUUUUCAGUUUACUUUAAAUCAAGCUAGCCAACAGUGAGAUCUUUAUUCAGUUCGAAUUAUAUAAUUGAGAACAUUUACAAUCACAUGACGACUUAGCGCUUCCCAAAACUCAACGUCACGCUAAACACGUACGCAAAAAGCGCGUCAAACCUAAAGAAAGCGCGAAACAAGAUACUCGAUUUAACUGACUUUCGACCAUGAUUUUAAAUUCUGUGAAGUCUUCAGUCUAGCUAGCAUGUUGUAGGUUUCAAAGAGUAAUUUGUUGAAAAUUCUUGAAAGCUUGUUCAGCAUAGAUAACUUUCGAAUUUGUUCCGAGUAUAUGUCACUGCGAACUUACAGUUCACGGUGCGGCAAAUGUUAAAAGUGUAAAAUAGACCCCACAAAUGUUUGAAAAAACGUAAAAGCCUGGUGUGGCGCAGUCAUGUUCUUUUUUCGUAUAAGAUAUACAGUGUUUUAAACCAGUUAAAUGGAUUUAUGUAGUAGAGCAGAUAUAGGCAGAAUAGAUAGUGUGUGCAGGACAACGUCAUUCAGAUUAAUUGUUUGAUUUUUGUUACGAAUACCCUGAGGCAAUCAUAUGAACGUGAUGCCGAAAAAUGUAUAUAUAUAUAUAUAUAUAUCUGUUUACAAUUUUAAAAAACAAUUCACAUUGAAAUUUUUGUUACAAUAUAUUUUAAAUGUUGUCAUGUUGGAAAAUUUUACACUAAAAUUUUCGAGCAGUCUUUGAAAUAUUUGAGAAUAUAUAUUAUUUUGAUUUCUUCUUUUGAAUUUAGUUCUCAUAUUGUUUUUCAACUGAAACUUCAGCGUUACUAUGAACCAAAUCGAUAGCAACUGUGAACUUCAGUAAGACAUGAUGAUAGGAGGGGCUAAAAAAUGAUAAGAUUUAUUUAUUUUGCACGCCCCAAAUUAUUUGUCGAGAAAGUUAUUAUGAGUUUUUGAUAACGCGGACCAAACUUUCUGGAUCUUCUGUUUAAUAUAAAGGCUUGAACUACUUACACAGGAAGCGUACCUAAAUUUUGAUUUACAGAUUGAAAUAUUUACGAUUAAAAUAUUGAAAUGAUGUCAUGGAUUAUGAUUAAAAUUUAAAGUUUAAUUGUAACACUUUAAAAUGAAGAGUAUUGCCUGCAAAAUUUACUUAGAAUUACAUUUUAUUUCAUCUUAAAAAUGUUUUGCGUCUUUUUUUACCAGAUUAUAAAUCCUUAUUUAUACAUUUAUUUCAUGUAGCUUUGACUGCUGUAUCUAUUUCUGUAUUGAAAAUCAAAACCAUGCUUGGAUUGAUUGUCACAUCUCUUGUCUUAGUUGCUGUAGUAAUAUUAUACAAUGCAUUAAAAUCAAUGCGAAAAUGCGAUUUAUUGUCUCUCGGCUCAAAGAUUAUGCACAAAAUGAACACCACUCGGCUUAUUACUUUGUUCCCUAAGUCAACAAAAUGUAGAGGAGUUAAGGCAUCGAAUGGCCACACCCUGUUUGUUGGAAAUCCCAUGUUUGUAUCUACAUUGGAGGAAGUGCUGAAGUUGAAAGCACGAGAUGAUGAUGUUUUUAUCGCCACAUACCCAAAAGCAGGUACAACCUGGAUGCAACAACUUGUAUGGCUUAUCUGUAACGACGCCGACAUUGAAACAUCUAGGAAGACGUCGAUACCUGAAAGAAGUCCAUUCUUAGAAGCAGUUGAUGCACCACCGGUCCUUCGUGGAAUACAGUCCGUUGAAAAUUGGCCGAUAAAUAAGCAGAGAAUAAUUAAAACUCAUUAUCCGUUCGAUCUGCUGCCGGAGGAAGUGAGGACAAACAGAAAGGGCAAGAUUAUCUAUGUUGCAAGAAAUCCGAAGGAUUUGUGUGUUUCCUAUUAUUUCUUCCACAAAAUGGGGAAUAAAAUAUUCGAAAACCCCGGAACAUGGAGCGAAUUUCUAUCCAAAUUUUCUUCAGGAAACAUUGAAGCUGGAAGUUGGUUCGACCAUAAUUUGAAAUACUGGAAAGAAUUUCAGAAAGAUAAAGAACGAAUAUAUUUUGUCACGUAUGAAUCACUGAAAAAAGAUUUGAAAUCUGAAGUGAAAGCAAUUUCCAAGUUUUUGGAUAAAGAAUUGACUAAUCAGCAAGUGCAGGACAUAAUUCAAGAGUGUUCGUUUGAUACAAUGAGCAAAAACAUAAAUCCUGCCCUCGCGAAAGUAGGGCGUCGCCUUGGUAUGAAUUUUUCCCAGUUUAAAUUUAUGAGAAAGGGACAAGUCGGGGAUUGGAAAAAUUAUUUUACUUUAAACCAGAAUAUUGUCUUUGAUCAUCUUUACGAAGAGAAGAUGGAGGGUACUGAAUUGGAUUUUCUAUUUGAACUUGAGUAAAUUAGUCUCAGCAUGUGUGUUAUUGAUUAAACAAUCUUUUGACUUGUUGAUAUUACCUAUUUCAGUUAUAUUCGAUAUUUUAUUAUGGAGCUCUGUAAGAUAUAUAAUCACAAAAUUAAUGGAACAUGUCCAGUCCCAGAGCCAAAAUAUCUUUGUUUCAGAGCACUAUUCUUGUUCGGGGUCAAUCUGAUUUCAACGCUCCAAAUUAUAUAGAUUUUCCAUUUCUAAUUUGUGAUAAAAGGGUUAAUAUUUGUUAGCAUGUUUACAAGGCUUUUGUACAUCAUUACACAAUGACCAGUGCUUCUAAAUUUUAUUAGCAAAUGCUCCACUACUUCCAAAACACAGAAUUGGCAAAGCUUCCCCUUAUUGCCUCUUUUUCGAAAUAUUAUUUUAUAUAUUGUAAAGCAUUGAUCUACCUCGACUUUGAAAUAAUUAUCAACUUACGAUAUUUUAACAUUGAAACUGAACUAUAAAGGUUUAUUGACAAAAUAAUUAUAUUAAAAGAAUUGAUGAAUUUUAUGAAAUUGCGGUCUCUCAUUAUGCACCUAGAUAUCUAUCGCGUGAAUACAUACUUUACUUAUACAACAUUCGUUGUUGGGAAGUAAAUGUAAGAGGUGCCCUCAUAAUUCAGCAAAAAAUAAUGCAAAAUUAGAAAGCAUUAUAUAGCAAAUUAUGUAUUCAGGCCGAGGAGUUCAUCCAGAACCGUAACUCAAUUAUACGACGACCUGUUUUUUUUUUUUUUUUUUAACUUUGGCAACCGAAUUACAGGUCUUUCAUUUACAUUUGAGCUAUUUUGCUCGUUUUUCAAAAUUAUUACAAUUUCGCUUUGCAUGAGAAAAUGUUUUAUUUUGCUUCAUCUAGCAUGGUUAAAUUAAAAAUUUCACAUUACAUUUAUUCAUUCCUAUCAAAAGCUAAAUAUAUUUAGCCCUCAACUCUA